AUGGAAUCAAGCGAAGAUAGUAAUCUCACACAAAUGCUUCUUCGGAAAGAAAAAGAGCUGCAAAACCUGUCAAAGCUAAGAGUAGCUCAGCUUCAAGAGCAAUUAACUUUAAAAGACCAAACCAUUUAUGAUUUAGAAUCUCAAAUACGCAGACUCCAUAAUGACUUUAACUAUAAUUUAGCUUUAAUAAAGCAGCGAGACGAAGAAAUCGCUGAUUUAGAGCAAAAAGUUUCUGAACUCUCCCACAUACAAAGAGAAAAAGCUGAUGGUAAAAGCUCAGCAAAUAUUUAUUGAUCACAAGAUGAACAACCGCCAAUGUCAGAUAUUCAAAGGGAAUUAUAUCUUACUCCCCCUCCGUGAGUGAACAAAACCAUUAGAAAAAUCUCUAUUUUUUGCCCAAAAACCUAAAAAUUUUUUCCAUAAAAAAAUUUUGUUCACUCACGGAAGUGAUGAUUAUUAUAAUGAAAUCUCGAGCUUAAUCUUAAUCUUAAUCUUAAUUAUAUGUUAUUGAGUAGCUCCCGGCCAGAACCGUAGGCCCUUUUCUUCCUCCUUUUGGUCGCCUCGCUUGCUUUCCUUGCCCUGCUCCCAGUGUACACCUAAGUGCCACACAGGCUACCACUCGGCUCCUUCCGGUCAUGGGGCUUGGUCAUGAAAAUUCCGGAAUUAGGCGGACUGGGUCACCAUGCUCCACGUCGUCGACUAGGGUUAGAGCUAGGGAUUAACUCCCUAGCUCUUAUCGGCAUCUGCUGUGCCGUCCGAUUUGGGCACCAGCAGUCCCUAGAGGAAAACCCUUUUUUGUCCCAUGUCCCGUCGGGACGAUCAGAAAAUCGUCAUUGCUGGACUGGGAGGGAAACCUUCCGGACACAAAUACCAGUACCUAUACCAGACUUUUCCCUGAGUGGAUUGGCUUCAGGCCGCAGCAAGGUCCCCAAUCACACCACAGGUUCGGGAGAGGGACGGGUCGGUGUCUCGCCAUUUUAUUUGUGUAUGAAAUCUCGAGCUAAUUCUAUUUAAUUUUAAACAAAUUACGUCUUAAAACAUAAAUUUUACAAAUUAAAUUCCAAUUUUUGCGAAUUAGGAUUUUUUUAAUUUCGAAAAAAAAAAUUUUUCUAUAAAAUUUAUAUAUAGAACUUUCUCUUCAAUAGCACGAUAAGGCGCAUUAGGUUUUACCGAGGGUGUUGGACAUAUGAAAACCUGCUAUUCCUUAUUCAUGGGGGAGAGACAAACAGCCUAAAUAAAGAAUUCUGCCUGAUCAAUCUCGAGAACUUGAAGAGAGGCUGUGUGGAAAAUUUACAUUUUGGUUCAUCAAAUAGAUCUGACGAGCCAAUUCUAGCCAGUACUUGAAAUAAAAAAUGAAUUUUAUUAAUUUUCUGAUGAAGAGUAUGAUCAGAAUUUUAAUAAUUCCCUUUUGACAAUAAAAUUCAAAAUUCAAACUUUUAAUAGAAGAUUUAAAGAGAUAAUUAAAUCGUUAAGAUAACGUAAUGAAUACUCUUUGCUGCCUUAGGUAGAAGAUGCCCAGUAAUGAUUUUUAUAAUUUGACUUUUUUCAUAGUGACUUAACCAUCUUAAUAAUUUUUUUAAAAAUUCAAAAUUCAAACUUUUAAUAGAAGAUUUAAAGAGAUAAUUUAAGCAUAAAGAUAACGUAAUUAAUACUCUUUACUGCCUUAGGGAGACGAUGCCAGUAAUGAUUUUUAAAAUUUGACUUUUUUCAUAGUGACUUAAUUAAUUACUUGAUCCUGUGCCAUUUAUUAAAAUUCUGAUCAUACUCUUCAUCAGAAAAUUAAUAAAAUUCAUUUUUUAUUUCAAGUACUGGCCAGAAUUGGCUCGUCAGAUCUAUUUGACGAACCAAAAUGUAAAUUUUCCACACAGCCUCUCUUCAAGUUCUCGAGAUUGAUCAGGCAGAAUUCUUUAUUUAGGCUGUUUGUCUCCCCCAUGAAUAAGGAAUAACAGGUUUUCAUAUGUCCAAGACCCAUCAGUAAAACCUAAUGCGCCUUAUCGCGCUAUUGAAGAGAAAGUUCUGUAUAAAUUUUCUCAACAAAAAAAAAUUAACCCCCCCUCCGUAGCGAACAAGAUUUUUUUGUUCGCUCACGGAGGGGGGAGUUAGGGAAGAAGAGCUAAAACAAGUCAAGCAACAAUUGGAAGCACUACAGCAAGGUGAAGAAAAUAGUGAUUUUUAUUUGGAAAAUGAGCUGGAUGAAGCAAAAAUUGAAAUAAAUGAGCUUAAAAUAGAACUGGAAAAUGAAAAAGCAAAAUCAAAAGAGUUUGAAGAAGCAUUGAAAGAUGAGAGAAUUGCUUUUGAAAACGAAAGAAAUGAAGUUUUAAAGCAGUUUUAUGCAACUAAAAAUACACUAGCUUCUCUUGAAGAGAGAGUGAACAAGAAUAAGCUGGAUAGUGAUAGAGAUAAAGAAGAUCUAUCACAAAAGGUAUUUGAAAUUUCAAAAGAAAGAGAUGAUUUGGCCCAAAAGCUUGAAGAAAUGAGCAUGAAGCAUAAAGAAGAGAUAAGCAAGUUUGAAAUGACGAAACAAAUAAGAUACGAAGAAAUCGACUCCCACCAAGACAUGAUAAACAGAAUGCAGGAACAGAUAAAGCAGGUACUUGAAGAAAAUGCACGAUGCAACCUAAAAAUUGACCAAACAAACAGUAAAAUGCUAGCAAGAGAGAAAGAACUAUCCCAAGAAAUAUAUGAGCUAAGAAAAGAACUCACCUACAAGCUUGAGCAGUUAGAAAAUAUGGAAAACGCUUUAAAGCUAAAGAACACAGAAAUAGACACAACAAGAAGCCAAAUUGAUCACUGGAGAACUCAAGCACAAACAAAGUCAGGAGAAGCUUUUAAAAUGAAACAAUUAAUGAUAAAAGCUGAAGAAAAAGCAGAAAAUUUAGAAAAAGAACUGAGAAACUACAAAGAUUUUCAUGUCCAAAAAUUUGAAGCUGAGCUUGAAGAGCAGCGGAAAGAAUUGCAAAAUAAAAUCAAUCAAAUGGAUUAUGGGCAUAAAAAUAGAAAUGAAGAGCAGAGGCUUUUGAGAGAAAAAGACUAUGAAAUAAAACUGCUGCAUGAUAAACUGGAAAGCAUGAGCAAAAGUACGCAUGAUUUUGUAGAUUAUCAGACAUUUUUAAACGAGCUUGAAAGAGCAAAAGAUGAAAUCUUCACAAAGGAUCGAGAAAUUGCGAGACUGAAUAAAUUAGUUGAGUCAAUUAAAAAAGAAAGAGAUAAAGCUAUAUUAGAAAGAGAACAGUUUAGAGAUGUUAAUUGUAGACUAAUUGCUGAUACUCCACAAUCUGAGUCAACUGUUUUGACCCAGAAACUUCAAAAAAUUGAAGACCAUAUUGGUUUGCUUUCUACCGAUAUUAUGGCUAUAAAAAGGAAUAAAACAUAUUUUCAACAGCCUUAUCAGCCUGAAGAGCCCAAACGGAGGCCUUCAGAAAGUAUGUCAGAAUAUGAGCCUGAAAGAGAUUGGAACACUGUUAAGACAGCAAAGUCAAAUAAAAUUCAGCAAGUAAAGUCAAAUCUGAAUAAGAAAUUCAAUAUGACAAGUUUUAAAUAA